AUGGACGAUGAUGCAGAAACUUAUAAACUUUGGAGAAUUCGUAAAACUGUUAUGCAGCUUUGUCAUGAUCGUGGUUAUUUAGUAACACAAGAUGAAUUGGACCAGACAUUGGAGCAGUUCAAAGAACAGUUUGGUGAUAAGCCAAGUGAAAAGCGACCUGCUAGAAGUGACUUAAUUGUUCUUGUUGCACACAAUGAUGAUCCCACAGAUCAAAUGUUUGUUUUCUUCCCUGAUGAGGCCAAAAUAGGAAUUAAAACCAUAAAGACAUAUUGUACUAGAAUGCAAGAGGAAAAUAUUCACAGAGCAAUUGUAGUAGUUCAAGCAGGAAUGACACCUUCAGCAAAACAGUCUCUAGUAGACAUGGCUCCAAAAUAUAUUUUAGAACAAUUUCUAGAAUCUGAGUUGCUAAUCAAUAUAACAGAGCAUGAGUUGGUACCUGAACAUAUUGUGUUAACACCCGAUGAGAAACAAGAGUUAUUAGCAAGAUAUAAAUUAAAGGAAAAUAUGUUGAUGAGGAUUCAAGCAGGUGAUCCAGUGGCAAGAUACUUUGGUCUAAAAAGAGGACAGGUAGUGAAGAUUAUCAGGUCAUCAGAAACUGCUGGAAGAUACAUCUCAUACAGAUUAGUUUGCUAA